CCAGGGGAUGCCGAGUUCCCAUUGGGAAUCGCGGAUCCUUCAGGGAUCCAUCAUGACGGCGACACUGGGAUCUCCGGAGCACACCUUCAUUGACAGGAUCACCCUGGCAGCGAUGGAAGAUACCGGCUGGUACCGGGUCAAUUACCAGCUGGGCCAGGCGCUGCCCUGGGGGCAAGGUCGAGGUGAUAUGUUCGGAUUAACCACGAUGUGUCACAAUGACACCUUCGGAUACUUCUGCACAGGAAGUGGCCUGGGAUGUCAUUACCUGCACAGGGAGAAGGGCAGGUGUGAGACCGAUGUGUUCCUGGACGGAUGCAGGAUAUAUAAACCGCUGCUCAACCAGAGCGAGUGUUGGAAAGUGGGGAACACCACCACCGGGAAUCUCAGUGCGACCGGGGAGAUUUAUGGAGACAGCAGCCGAUGUUUCUUCGCCAACUUGAGCCGGGAGGCUCCCUCUGCUGAGGUCAUCCCUCCAGUCGGACGCUGUUACCUUCAUCGGUGUCUCGGCCAGGACGUCUUCGAGGUCAAGGUUCAAGGGUCAGACUGGCUGCCCUGUUCGGCCGGGGCCAGCAUCCAGGUACCAGGGUACCACGGGCAGCUCUCCUGUCCCAGGGGAAGGCUCUGCCAGACGGGGACUGGCGAGGGAGAGGAGCGAACAACAGAGAACACCCUCCUGGGGUCCCCGAGCCCCGGAUCCCGGCCCCUGGAACCCACUGACAGCCCCCGGCCCUGGGUGAGAGUGACGGUCUGGUUGGCGGUCAGUGGGAGUGCAGGCUGCAGCCGGAUGGAGGACGAUGGGGAAGCAGAGGAGGGGAUAGGGAGCCUGGUCAAGAGCACCAACAUUCCCAGGUGCCAGGUGAGAGACCCCAGGCUGUGUAGCCCCUCGGAGGUUUGCUUCGAGCUGGUGGAAUAUUCCGGAUGUUGUCGGUUCACCGUCCCCUUCCUGCUGGGGCUCCUCACACACUCCCUCCGUCAGGGCAAGCUUCACCUCCUCACCACCCAGGGGAACUGUACCGCCAUCAGCAUCAGGUAAGGCUCCCUCUA